AUGAAAAACUCAAUACUCACCUCCCUGGACUAUCACCUCCUGGACUAUCACCUCCCUGGACUAUCACCUCCCUGGACUAUCACCUCCCUGGACUAUCAACUCCCUGGACUAUCACCUCCCUGGACUAUCACCUCCCUGGACUAUCAACUCCCUGGACUAUCACCUCCCUGGACUAUCACCUCCCUGGACUAUCACCUCCCUGGACUAUCAACUCCCUGGACUAUCACCUCCCUGGACUAUCACCUCCCUGGACUAUCACCUCCCUGGACUAUCAACUCCCUGGACUAUCACCUCCCUGGACUAUCACCUCCCUGGACUAUCAACUCCCUGGACUAUCACCUCCCUGGACUAUCACCUCCACCUCCCUGGACUAUCACCUCCCUGGACUAUCAACUCCCUGGACUAUCACCUCCCUGGACUAUCAACUCCCUGGACUAUCACCUCCCUGGACUAUCACCUCCCUGGACUAUCACCUCCCUGGACUAUCACUCCCUGGACUAUCACCUCCCUGGACUAUCACCUCCCUGGACUAUCACCUCCCUGGACUAUCAACUCCCUGGACUAUCACCUCCCUGGACUAUCACCUCCCUGGACUAUCACCUCCCUGGACUAUCACCUCCCUGGACUAUCACCUCCCUGGACUAUCACCUCCACCUCCCUGGACUAUCACCUCCCUGGACUAUCACCUCCCUGGACUAUCACCUCCCUGGACUAUCACCCCCCUGGACUAUCACCUCCCUGGACUAUCAACUCCCUGGACUAUCACCUCCCUGGACUAUCAACUCCCUGGACUAUCACCUCCCUGGACUAUCACCUCCCUGGACUAUCACCCCCCUGGACUAUCACCUCCCUGGACUAUCACCUCCCUGGACUAUCACCUCCCUGGACUAUCACCUCCACCUCCCUGGACUAUCACCCCUGGACUAUCACCUCCCUGGACUAUCACCUCCCUGGACUAUCACCUCCACCUCCCUGGACUAUCACCUCCCUGGACUAUCACCUCCCUGGACUAUCACCUCCCUGGACUAUCACCUCCACCUCCCUGGACUAUCACCUCCCUGGACUAUCACCUCCCUGGACUAUCACCUCCCUGGACUAUCACCUCCCUGGACUAUCACCUCCACCUCCCUGGACUAUCACCUCCCUGGACUAACACCCCCCUGGACUAUCACCUCCCUGGACUAUCACCUCCCUGGACUAUCACCUCCCUGGACUAUCACCUCCCUGGACUAUCACCUCCACCUCCCUGGACUAUCACCCCUGGACUAUCACCUCCCUGGACUAUCACCUCCCUGGACUAUCACCUCCACCUCCCUGGACUAUCACCUCCCUGGACUAUCACCUCCCUGGACUAUCACCUCCCUGGACUAUCACCUCCACCUCCCUGGACUAUCACCUCCCUGGACUAUCACCUCCCUGGACUAUCACCUCCCUGGACUAUCACCUCCACCUCCCUGGACUAUCACCUCCCUGGACUAUCACCUCCCUGGACUAUGA